AUGAUCUUUCUCUUUACACCUCCUUUCUCCUCUUUCUCUUUACACCUCCUUUCUCCUCUUUCUCUUUACACCUCCUUUCUCCUCUUUCUCUUUACACCUCCUUUCUCCUCUUUCUCUUUACACCUCGUUUCUCCUCUUUCUCUUUACACCUCGUUUCUCCUCUUUCUCUUUACACCUCGUUUCUCCUCUUUCUCUUUACACCUCGUUUCUCCUCUUUCUCUUUACACCUCGUUUCUCCUCUUUCUCUUUACACCUCGUUUCUCCUCUUUCUCUUUACACCUCGUUUCUCCUCUUUCUCUUUACUUCUUAUCUUUCUCCUCUUUCUCUUUACUUCUUAUCUUUCUCCUCUUUCUCUUUACUUUUUAUCUUUCUCCUCUUUCUCUUUACUUCUUAUCUUUCUCCUCUUUCUCUUUACUUCUUAUCUUUCUCCUCUUUCUCUUUACUUCUUAUCUUUCUCCUCUUUCUCUUUACUUCUUAUCUUUCUCCUCUUUCUCUUUACUUCUUAUCUUUCUCUUUACCACUCAUCUCUCUCUCUCUCCCCCAAUCUUUCUCUUUAAACCUCCUUUUUCUCUCCCUCUGAUUUUUCUCUUUCUCUCCAUAUUUCUCUAUACCUUUCCUCUUUUUUUAUCUUUCUUUUUAACCUCUCUCUUCCCAAUCUUUCUCUCUACCUCUCCUCUCACUAUAUAUCUCCACUCUCACUCUUUCUUUCUACACAUCCUUUUUCUCCCUGAUAUUUCUCUCUAA